UACAUACACUUUCUUUGCUGCCGGCUGUUUCAGAGUAAAAAAAAUUCACACUCCUCCUUGGAAACUGACUUUCUCGUCUCUUUCUUCUUUAUACCUUUUUUUUUUCACAACCAUUCAAUAAUUAAUACAGUAAUGACAGACCCUUCUUCAAUCAAACCCAAACAAUGGCCAAUAUAUCGUCCCAUUGCGCCUUCCAUUCCUUCAGCGAUACCACAACCACCACUGUUUAAAUCCAGUUGGGACGACUACGAUAAACGUAAACGGGGCGAUUCAAACGGUCCUGACGUGCGCAUGCGUACGGGAUCCGUUGAAAGCGAUGGUGAUAGCAUAAACAGCAGAUUAGGCGAGAGCUCUCACGCACUGACAGCCGAACAAAAGCUACGGCGAAAGGAACAAAACCGAGCGGCACAACGAGCAUUUCGGGAUCGCAAAGAACGUUAUGUCAAAGAACUGGAGACAAAGAUCAAAUUUAUGGAAGAUACCCACGCCACAAGCAUGCAGCGAGUUCAACGCGAGAGUGAGGAUCUACGAAACCCGACUGGUACGACGGCAACCGCAACGAUGACAACGACAGAAGAGAUGGCACCAGCUGCAAAGCGGAUUAUGCGUGUCGCUCCAUCUGCAGUCGCAUGCAUCCGAGACAAGGACGGCAUCAGUUUCUGCGAACGACUCAAGGAAGAAGUAUGUUCCUCUGCGUAUGAUCAACUACUCUCCGAACCCUUAUUUGAUCCCUCUUCAGGCGUUUUCAACGACGCGGUGACACAGCAUCCAGUACCCAUUGCAGCAGGAGGCACUUUUAAAAACAAUAAUGUCGUUCCAUUACCGGACGCAAUGCUACGACAUGACUUUGACAGGUUUAUGGACAGCAUGACGGACCGAACCAUCUUGGAUCCAGCUACACAUGAAACCAAGUUGGUGCCGUGCAAUGAGAUUUGGGAACGCGUGUCGGAACAUCCUCAGUUUGAACAGUUUGAUUUGGAUCUGUUGUGCGAGGAGUUGAAGCGAAAGGCGAAAUGCUCACAUGAUGGCACGGUCUUGGAAGAGGAUGAGCUGUCUCAAGUAUUACGUAAGAUGGAAGCAAGUCUUGGUGGUCCAGAACGGUGA